GGUGUUUCGGAAGCAGAGCGAGCGCAGUGCCGGCAGACCCUGCGGCACAUCCUGGACCGCGUCUACCAGCCGCUGGCAGUGCAGGAGCUGCUCCUUCUGCAGGGCCGGCCCAAGCAGGUACCUAGGGGCGGCGUGGCUCCGGCCCUCGUGCGGGCUCCGGCGUGGCUGCGGCGCCUCUGCGGUCAGCUGCUCUCCGAGAGGCUAAUGAGACCCAACGGGGUUCAGGCUGUGGUUCGGGGCAUCAUGGAGGGGACAGGCGGUGAGUAGGCAGGUGGUGCCGGUGCUGAAGCAGCAGCUGUGGACUGGAGAAAAUGUGACACGGUUGCAAAGAUCCUGGCUUCCUGCCCGCAGCAGUGCUUGUCCCUCGAGGACUACUACAGGCUGGUGUGCCCGCAGAUUCUGGACUUGCUGCGCAUCCAGGACAAAGUGACGGCGCGCCAGUUCCAGCGAGUGGCCACCACGACGCUGCUCACCAUGGCGAAAGAGCACCCUCAGCUGGCAGAGGAGCAUCUGCUCCGGCCCCUCUUGGCCCCGCUCCGGCGCUGCUCCCAGCCCGCAGAGGUGGCAGUGGAAGAUUUAUCAGCAGGGACCGUGCUGGUGACAGAGGCGGAGCUCGGCAGCUGCGUGGAAGAUGUGCUCAAGGUGUACGUGGUUGGAAAUGACAGCUCGAGCCUGCUGCUGGGAUCCUUACAGUCAGUCCUGGGAGUGGUUUUUUCCCUCUAUUCCUUCGCCAAGCAGAAUGUGUCAUACUUACGCUCCCCGUGCCAGGAGAUCCUGCUGUGGUUCCUGGAGAAGUCAGAGCGAGAAGUGUCGCUGGCCGUGCUGGAAGGCUUCGCAGGGCUGAACGACAGCGUGCGUCCCCUCCACCCGUGGUGCCAGUUCCGUGUGGGCAGCGAGGGCGGUGCCACCAUCGCGGUGGAAGAGGCCGUCAGGUGAGACGAUGAAGAUGAAGCCCUCUACCAGAAGGUUUCCUUGGAGCAGUGCCACGUGGAGAACUUGGUGGAGCUUGUGUCUCACUGCCAGAAGAGUGGCCUGGCCGGAGACUUCUUCAUCCGCUGCCUGAAGGCGCUGACUCACGUGGCUGCAGAGGACGAGGUGGCUUCGAAGUCGGCUGCAGUGCCUGGAGGGAGUCUCCUGGAGCUGGAGCAGUACCAUGCUGAGCAGAGGAGGAAGCUGCUGGUCCUGCAGCUCGUGGCCACGCUGUGUGAGAGCGUCUCGGACACCGUGUUCACGGACGUUGCUCAGGUGGAGGAGUUCGUGGCAGCCACGCUGCAGCGAGCCUGCCUGCGGUCUGGUGACUUCGCCGUGCUGAAGCGGCUGGUGCCGUUGCUGGAGGAGCUCUCCCGCACCUACCCCGACCCCGUCACCCAGGAGCUAGCCACAGACCUGCGCAUCGCCAUCUGCACCCACGGGGCCUUCUCCUCUGGGACGGAGCUCCUGGUAUCGGCCUAUGACCCCCAGCCUCCUGGGCGGGCAGCCGCCCUGCGCUGCCUCUCCAGCCUGAUCACGCGGCGGGAUCCGGAGGCACUUCAGCUGCAGGAGAAAAUCCUCCAGGUGUUCCUGGAGAACGUGCAGCACGAGGAUGCCUUCGUCUACCUCUCGGCCAUUCAAG